AUGCUAGAAUAGUUAGACAUCUUUGGUAGUUAAAUUUUCCUAAGAUUUAACAAAUAACAAACAUAUAACACAAGAUUAGGUUCAUACGUUACCCUCAUAAUAUAUGUACUUAUAUGUUACAGGCUAUUCGGAUUAAUUGUAGAUGUAGUUCAAAGAAAUAAUCCAUAGGUAAUCUACAACGAAAGAUAAGUAGAUGAUCCUGCUGCAUUUUAGGCUUCAAGUAAAAGUUUUCCCAUGGCUUUUGCAAUGGAAAAUCAAGAUAAUUUUAAUUACUAUAUUGAUGAAAGCAUCUAUACAGUCUCUGCUUUUUGGAUCUAAAAGGUUUUAACUUUCAAUGAGACUAGUUAGUAGUAUAUCUCUACUUUCAAUCAGGUGAGCAUAAAUGUCCAACCUUGCACAAUUGAAAAUUUCUAAAAUCUUGAUAACCAAAAAUACUAUCUUAAUCUUAACUAUACUAAUAUGUAUUGUCUUCCUCCUGAUUUUGAGUUGCCAAUUUAAGGGGACUUCCCAUCUAUAGUUUACUCAGAAAUUCAGAUUACAGUUAAGAAGUGCACUAAAAAUUGUUAGUCCUAAGAAGUUCUGGAAAAAUUUCUUUAAAAGUCUAGCUUUGGUCUUUAGAUAUCUGACUCCUAUGUAGAUCCAACUGUUAGUGACAAUCCAUUCAAAAUUUACUCUAGAGAUAUGUUUUGGGCUACUAGUACUGAACUCCCAAAAGAUGCUAACGUUUACAUCCGUAAUAAUUAUGUGUAUAGUGAUUUCGGAUGGUUUUUUCCUGAUGUGACAACUUAGAGAUUUCCUGCUUAUAGUUUUUCUGAAAGUUUUGAAUAUCCGCCAUCGUUUUAGGAUUAUUUUCUUACCAUUUUUUUCAGAUUUGAAAAGCAAAAAGAGGGUGUCUAUAAAAGAUCAUACUUAAGAUUCAAUUCAAUUUUGUCUGAAAUUGGAGGAUUUACUUAGAGUUUUCUUGCUAUUGGUUAUUUGGUUUGCAAAAAAAUAUCACAAACAAAGUUAGAUAUUGAAUUGAUUAAUAAAGCAUUUAAAUUUGAAGGGAGUUUAAAAAGCAAAUAAGAAAAUGAGGAAAAAAAGCAGAGAAAUAAAAAAAAGCUGAAAAAGUAAAAAUAAAAUUAAGAAAAUAUAAACAGUGCCCAAGUUAAUUUUACUAGCAGUGACGAAAAUUUGAAAAAAAAUAAUUAAACAUUUAAAAAUGAUAUAUAAAACUUUAGUGAAAAAAGUUAAAUAGAUGAAAACGAAUAAAAACAAACUCUCCCUUCGAGCCCCCAAAAAAAUAGCCUUAUUUAUAAAGGUUAAAAAUCUGAUAAAUUUUAUUGCGAUUUAAAUCAGUAAGACGCUGUUUUGGAAUAAAAAGAAAAUAAAAAAAGCAAUAAAUUAAAAAUUUCUUAGCUGAUAACAAGUUAUUUUCAAGACUAGAGUGCUUAAUUAAAAAAAUCAGUUGAAAUAACUGAUAAUAAAGAAUAACAAACUUAUAACUUAUAAUUCAAAAGGUCUUCUGACAAAGAAAAAGAGAAAAGCAAGAAAUAAGUUGAGGAUUAGUUCAAAAAGCACUUUGAUAAUUAAAUGAGUUCUAUGUAGCUUAGUGUUUGGUAGUAUUUCAAAUCUACUAUCUUUUCUUGUUUUAGUAAACUGCACAAGGAGUAAAAAAAUAUAAUAAAUUAUAGUAGAGAAAAGCUUUAUUAUAACAUUGAUAUAUUCAACAUCAUUCAUAAAUUAAAUGAAUUAGAAAAAUUAAAAAGACUGAUUUUUGAUCAAGAUCAGCUCAAGUUGUUUGAUUACUUGCCGAAACCUACCAUCUAAACUGAUAUUUGUUUUACUUAAAAUGACAAAAAAGAAGAUAUAGAAAUAGACUUGCUUUAUCAAGAUAAUAGAUCAGAAUUAUAAAAGGCAUGUGAAAGCUUUUAAGCCUAUCAAAAUAUAGCUCAUAAAAACGAUUAAUCCACUUUAGAUCAAAAGCUAAUCAACUAACUUGACCCAGCUCUAAAAGAAAUGUUCAAAUAGCUAAACGAAAAAGAUAAAAAUUCUUUUAGACUAGCUUUAAGCUAAUAAGUAUCACCUAAAAGUAAUCCAACAAAGUAAAGGCUUAAUUUAUUUGAUUAAUAAUUGAAAGACAUAAAAGAUAAACUAUUCAAAAAAUCAGACCAUUAUAACCUAUAAUUUAACAACCAAACUUAGGAGAGUUAGUUAUAAGAUGAUGAAUUUGAAGAAGCAUAGCAAAACAACAAAAAGAAGAAGUUAAAUACUUUUGUGAGUAAUAUGAAUUAACUAUCUUAACUAUGA